CGAGUGGUCGGCAAAGCUAUUGGGCAUUUUCUAAUCGAGCUAAACGAAGAGGGGCAACUUCAACUUUCGAGGACUCACAUCAUCGGCCAUUCCCUGGGUUCGCACGUUGCGGGUUUUGUAGGAAAACACAUCUAUAGGACAACGGGAGGUAGGAUAGACCGAAUUACGGGGUUGGAUCCAGCGGGUCCGUUAUUCGAGUUUCCCUUCAUUGGCGAUGAUGAACGUCUGACAAGAACCGACGCAAAUUUCGUCGACGUUAUUCAUACGGAUAGCGGAAUACUGGGAUUUAAGUCGGCUAUUGGAGAUGCGGACUAUUUUCCAAAUGGCGGAAGUGCGAUACAGCCUGGCUGUAACAUUCCACCCCUUCAUAACAUUUUUGAAUAUGUAUGCAGUCAUCAGCGGAGCCUCCAGUACUUUAUAGAGUCGAUAAACUCCAAGAAAUUUGUUGCGAAAGCCUGCGAUUCAUGGAUUAGUUACCAGAUGGGUUUUUGUAAUCUGAACGAUAACGCUCUAUUUGGAGAAUGGGCUUCGUCGAAUUUUACCGGGCAAUUUUUCCUGCGCACAAGCGCCUCUAGUCCUUACUUGCUUGAAUCUUAAGUUAUCUUGAAAUCUCCAGUAGUUGUCCUGAAAUAAAGAAAACAAUCCAAACUAUUUUGGCAAAACACUUAGAAAAUAUGAUUCAGCUCUUUGACUUUCCACAGAGACAUACCUAAAUUGCUAAUACAAUAAUGUAUUACAAUAAUGGCAACA